ACCAGCGACUACACACGGUGACGGACGAUGUUGCUUCCAGCAAUCGUCCGUCAGUCGUGAUAAUGAACUUCACUCGAUAAGGUUAACGGAGAGCUUUAGCUAACGUCGCAAUUCCCGCCAUGGUUUCGCUGUCUGAUAAUCCUGAAAUAAUGUCCGAGAAACCCGGUCCGGAAGUUGUCGGCAGCAGCAGCAGCAGCAGUAGUAGUUCACCGACCGCCGCCACGAUGCAGCAGUCCACGCGAACCGAGAUGCGCCCGGUCAAGUACCACUACGCGGACUCGUUCUGGUGCACCUAUCUGAUUUCGGUAUUUGCGGCCAGUAUUGCCGAAACGGUUACGUACCCGUUGGACCUCACCAAGACCCGACUUCAGAUUCAGGGCGAAGCAGCAGCCGUCAGCGGUGCUAUCAAGAAGCUCAAAUAUCGUGGAAUGCUGGCGACCGCUACUGGUAUCAUACGCGAAGAAGGUCCCCUCAAGUUGUGGCAAGGCGUUACGCCGGCUCUCUAUCGUCACAUUGUGUACAGUGGAGUUCGCAUCGUUACGUACGAUAAACUGAGGAAGAAAUUGCGCAACGGCAACAACGACUUUGCCCUGUGGCAAUCGGCCCUAGCUGGAGUUGGAGCCGGUGGCUUGGCCCAAUGGUUAGCCUCCCCAGCCGAUUUGGUCAAAGUGCACAUCCAGAUGGAGGGCAAGCGCCGUCUGAUGGGUAUGGAACCGCGCGUGCACGGAGCGGCCCAUGCCUUCAGGGAGAUUGUAAGCCGCGGAGGAAUCACUGGCCUGUGGAAGGGUAGCGUACCGAACGUUCAGCGGGCAGCUUUGGUCAAUCUGGGAGACUUGACCACGUACGAUACGGUUAAGCGCUUUGUGAUGAAGAAAACCGGACUGCCCGAUUGCCACUUGGUGCAUAUUAUUUCGUCGAUUUGUGCAGGGCUGGUCGCUGCCACGAUGGGAACCCCUGCCGAUGUGGUGAAGACACGUGUCAUGAACCAACCGACGGAUUUGAACGGAAAGGGGCUUCUCUACAAAGGAUCGCUGGAUUGCCUGCAGCAAACCAUCGGAAAGGAAGGAUUCUUUGCCCUGUACAAAGGAUUCCUGCCCGUUUGGAUCCGCAUGGCACCCUGGUCACUUACGUUUUGGCUUUCGUUUGAGCAAAUUCGCACUAGUUUGGGUGCCGGCGGCUACUAGACUAAGGUGAUGACGAUGUUAGGUUGCAUCAGGCGCAAAACGUUCAAAAGGUUCUACAAUUGUUAGUAAGUAUAAUUUCAACAUUUGAAGCGCAAUAUGUUGUUCUUUCAUUGUUCAACUUGUGACGCAAUUCAUAGUUUAGCCGCGCACAUAAUAAGCUCGAGUUGCGAUAGAAGGCACAAAUGUACAGUUCUAUUUAGCACAACGCGCAGUGUUUCGAUUGAGAGAACGAUUUGAACGGUUUAAACAAAAAACAUGAAGAAGAAAAAAACAAAUGUCUACUGGAAAGUGCCAUCGGAAUUAUGAGCUUCAGAUUAUCCGUUCUCUUUUGUUCCACAACAUUGCGUCAGAAAUUAGAAAGCUACUACUACAACAUAUCCUUUGCGUGAGACUAUUUACUCUAUCGGAAUCGUACAGUUGGUUGAGGGAGGACUAUAAUUUUGAUCUGUGAUUUAGUCGAUAGUAGCCACUAGGUUUAAGCGUACAUUCAACCAACUAAGUUAGAUUGAUUUUGGUACCGGAGGUAGUUCACACGCUCUCGGAAGCUGUGUCUGCGGUUAUGCUUCUCAUCAGGAAUUCACACAUUCUCUCAAAGCAUCUCAGAUAUAGUCGCGCGUCAUCACAGUCGAAUCACACCAGUGGAACAUUUCACACAAGACGCAAACAACCGCCUCAGGGAAGCCUUUUUGACUAACCUACUGUUUUACCCUUUGGUGCAUUACUACGCGUUAGUAGAUACUUUCUCCUGGGAGCCAUAUUCUCAAUCUCCCAAAACGAAAGCUCAUCCAUUAUCAACCUACCAUUUCGAAUUUAGGGUACCACCUUUGCGAAGAGACUUAACGAUCGAUACCUUCUCAGUUGUAAUACUUGUUUCACUACCUAUUUUCCUGAUUACUUACUAGACAUUACUGACAAAAAACGAUCAUUUUCUGCAAGCGACAGCAGGAUAAAUUCUUCAUUUAGACCGCCUUGUCAUAUACACGAUGAUGCUAACUACUAGGAAUACCUACUACCUAUAACCGACACGUGACAAUACCAAAUUUUAUCAUGUUCCCGUUUCCGGAGAACCAUAGUUGUUCAUCCUUAAGCAAAUAAAAAAAACAAAUGAAAAGAAAUAGAUUCUAGAUUCUGGUACAACGAUAAGAAGGACUGGCGGAACAGGUGACACACGAAUUGCAUCACGACCACAGACUGGCCAAAAAGAAAACGGUAAAUGUGUCGACAUCCUGUUUCGUCCUCAAACUUAGACUACCUAAUUUUUAGUGUUAUGCAACCUACUAACUGCAAAUCACAUAAACCCAAAAUAAAUUGAUCAGAAAAGACACAAUAGAUGGAACUAUCUGGUAGGGAGCGCAGCGCACGUUGCAGGCUGUAAUUAGUAUUGGGAAAGGUUUGUCCCGCACUCUGUUCGGCAGUUGUGUAUUUGUCUUUAUGGGAAGGUUGACAAAACCAAUGCUCAUAUGUAGGUGAAAAGUGUGUUUGAAUGAAUAAACUAUUUCGAUAAGUA